CAGAGCGGAGCAGAGCGGAGCGGAGGAUGCUGCGGGCGGGGGCCGCCGCCAGCCCCGCUCCCGGCCCCCGUCCCGGUCCCGGGCGGGAGGAAUCCCCGCCGCCCCCCGCCCGCUGAGCACGGCCCGGCCAUGGGGGCUCUGACCAGCCGGCAGAACGCAGGGGUGGAGGAAGUGGAUAUCCCCGCUAAUUCCGUCUACAGAUAUCCCCCGAAAUCCGGGAGUUACUUUGCCAACCACUUCAUCAUGGGCGGGGAGAAGUUCGACUCCACGCACCCCGAGGGGUAUCUGUUCGGCGAGAACAGCGACCUCAACUUCCUGGGGAACCGGCCCGUGGUGUUCCCUUACGCUGCUCCACCUCCUCAGGAACCCGUGAAGACCCUCAGGAGCUUAAUCAACAUCCGCAAGGACACCCUGCGCCUGGUCAAGUGCUCAGAGGAGGUGAAGACCCCGGGGGAAGAAGUGAGCAAAGCCAAGGUGCACUACAACGUGGAGUUCACCUUCGACACGGACGCCCGCGUGGCCAUAACCAUCUACUACCAGGCAACUGAGGAGUUUCACAAUGGGGUGGCGAGCUACACCCCCAGGGACAACAGCCUGCAGUCGGAGACGGUGCACUACAAGCGGGGGGUGUGCCAGCAGUUCUGUGUGCCCUCCCACACCAUCGACCCCUCCGAGUGGAGCGAGGAGGAGCUGGGCUUUGACCUGGACCGUGAGGUUUAUCCCAUGGUGGUGCAGGCAGUGGUGGAUGAAGGAGAGGAGCACAGUGGGCACUGCCACGUGCUGCUGGCCACCUUUGAGAAGCACAGUGAUGGCACCUUCUGUGUGAAGCCACUCAAGCAGAAGCAAGUGGUGGAUGGUGUGAGCUACCUCCUGCAGGAGAUCUACGGCAUCGAGAACAAGUACAACACACAGGACUCCAAGGUGGCCGAGGACGAGGUGAGCGAUAACAGCGCCGAGUGCGUGGUGUGCCUGUCGGACGUGCGGGACACGCUGAUCCUGCCCUGCCGCCACCUCUGCCUCUGCAACACGUGCGCCGACACCCUGCGCUACCAGGCCAACAACUGCCCCAUCUGCCGCCUGCCUUUCCGAGCCUUGCUUCAAAUCCGAGCCAUGAGGAAAAAGCUGGGCCCGCUCUCGCCCACCAGCUUCAACCCCAUCAUCGCCUCGCAGACCUCUGACUCCGAGGAGCACUCGUCCUCGGAGCACAUCCCCCCGGGCUACGAGGUGGUGUCGCUGCUGGAGGCUCUCAAUGGGCCGCUGACGCCGUCGCCGGCCGCGCUGCCCCUGCGGGCGCUGGGGGACCCCCCUGCCCUGGGGACCCUGCCCUCCUACAGUGACGGCCCCCUGCCCCCCCUGAGGGCGCUGUCACCCCUCGAGCGCCUGCCCGACUGCGGCCCCGCGGGGCUCAAGCUGAAGAAGAGCAUCUCCAAGUCCAUCUCACAGAACUCCUCCAUCCUGCCCGAGGAGGAGGAUGAGAAGUCAUGCACUGAGUCAGAGCUGAGGGGCUCCAGGAGGAGAUCCCCAGCCCGGCAUGAGGAGGAAUGUGGUGCAACACCAGAGAGUGAAAACUUCACCUUGUCAUCAUCAGGAGCCAUUGACCAGUCCUCAUGCACUGGGACCCCCCUCUCCUCCACCAUCUCAUCCCCAGAAGAGCCCGUCAGCAGCAGCCUGGCUCAGUCCGUCAUGUCCAUGGCCUCCUCCCAGAGCCAGCACUCCCAGCUCAGCACCGACACCGUGUCCUCCAUGUCUGGCUCCUACAUCGCCCCUGGCACGGAGGAGGAGGAGGAGGAGGAGGAGGAGGAGGAGGAGGAGGAGGGGGACGUGCUCCCCUCGCCCGCGGCUGCCAGCGCCACGGCCUCUGAUGGAGAGUCAACGCCUGUGGAGUCGCCGGAUCUGAAUUUUGUCAGCAUUUCUGCCGAGGAGCGCGAUGCCGAGGGAAACGAUGUGCUGGAGGACGAGGACGCCUCUCCCACACAGGAAGAUGGCCCGAGGACAGGCGCUUUCCUCGGUCUGAGGUGUGACAAUAACAAUGACAUGGGCAUCGCACACGUGAAAGCGCUGGACAAUAAACUGUGCUCUGAGGCCUGCUUACCUGGCUCCUCCGUCCGUGUGAAAGUUCAUGUUCGCUCUGUGCCAACACGGUUUUCUCCACCCACGCUUGUGCCCCUUCCCUGCCCAGAGUUGCCCAAAGGCCCAGAGGCAGCCAACAACAACGUGGGGCUGCAGCAGACCUGGCCCCUCUGCCCCCCUGGCCCCCGGGACCCGGAGCAGGCAGCAGCCACCCUGCCCGUGUGAGGGCUCAGCCUGGGUGGGGGCACCGACCCCCUGCCCACCCAGAGGGACCCUGCUCUGGGCACGCUGGGCAUCGUCACUGCCACCCCUUGGCUGUACCAGGACUGAUUCUCAAAAGAAAAGACGGUAACCUCGACUUUCCGUGGGGGCUGAAAGCCAUGUCACUUUGGAGCCCCCCAUCAGCACCUUCCCAUUCUCCAGCCCUAAUGGGGGCGGGCUGGGGUCCCCUGCUGACCCCGCUCCCCUCCCCAGUCAUCUUACACCCCCAGGCUCCUCUCCUCCAGAGUGUGGAGCACAUGGGACAGGGUCACCUCACCAAGGGGGUUUUGGGAUGUGGGUGGCUGGGGACAAUGGAGGAUGACGUUCAGGGGUGUGGGCUCAAGGGUGAGUGUUGGGAUUGGCAUCCUUGGUGCAUGAGCUGGUGACCUUCAUGGGGGCCAGCCCCCCCAGGUGUGCUGGCCCACGCCCCUGCCCUGCUGAGUGCUGUCCCCAAGCCAUGGGAUGUCCCCAAUAAUGGUGGCAGUAAUGGUGCCCUCAUAGCUCCCCCUCCCUCUGCUCUCCUCCUGAGCACCACCUGGGCUCCUGUUGCUUUUCCUGGGGCAUGGAGUGGGGUGGCAGGGGUGGGCAGGAGCCCUGGUAGCACCCCCAGCCCGGUCACCAGCCCCUGGAGCAUGGAUCAUUUAUCCUCUCUGUCUUCCGCCCUGCUGUGAGCUCAGGGCUCUGGGCUGCGCCCUCUCUCUGGAACAAGUGCCAAAAGUGUCACCUCCAUCCCAGCCAUCCUGCCCUCCCCAUAACACUUUGUAGCAAGGGGUGGGUGAGGCUGAGGGAGCUGCCCCCCGUCUCUAUCCCCAUCCCUCUGGCCAGCAUUGGGCUGACAGCAUAAGUGGAUUUUUCUCCAAGGGCAGACACACAGGGGUAGUAAAGGAGGAGGGAUAAAGUCACAGACCUUGGGGGCCUGGUGGGGCCACUGGCAGAGGCCAGAGAGCAUCAGGGACAGUCAGAAAUCAGACAGUCAGAAAUGGGAGGAGCAUCAGACCCUGCAUCCCAAUCUAACAGGCUCUGGAGCUGUUUGGGGCAGCCCAGGAUGGGAAGCUGAGCCUCCCUUUUCCCCACCUGGUUUUGUGGGCCACCUGCUCUUUGCAGGACACAGCUGCAUUUCAGAGCCACCUCAGCACAGAGCUGUCCAUGCACUGAAGGCAGUGUCCCUGGAGGGGCGUGUGUGGGCAGCAGGUUCCCAAUACCAUCCCCACAGCAGAGCAUGGGCUGUGCUGAUGAUGGCUGUGGCUCCUAAAGAGGGAUGAAGUUCUUUUGGGGGCUGGGGGGUGUUUCUUUGCCUGGCUCCCAGCCAGGCCAUGUAGCUGCUUGCUCUGUGGCCCCAGUGUGGGUCCUGCCAGGGAUGGGUUUGGAGCCAUCCAUCCCACUGCUCUCUCUUCUGGGCUGGCUGUAUCUCCUCUAAGCUCAACAGCUCCCAAAUUCCUCCCUGGGAACCCAGGGCUGGGUGCUUGAUGUGGGGGGUGACAUCUCCAAAACGCCAUCCUGGGAGCUGCAAGCAGCAGGGAGGGCUGGAGGGGUGGGGACAAUGCUUGUGCCCCGUUUGGGGACAGGCUGGGUGUGCCAGCCCCAAGGAGCCACAGCACCACACAGGGAGAGCUUUGGAGGCUCACCAUCAUGCUAAGCAGAGAAAAUCACAGCAGCCAUCUCUUCCCCAAGUCCCCAGCAUGGGCAGGGGAGAGAAAAUCGGGCUGUUGCUCCAAGGGCACCUCGUCUACCAAAGCCCAACCUUCCUCAUGGCUUCAGAGGGACAAGGACAGCUGGCCUGGCACCCUGCACAGGGUGCAACGGUGCUUGUGGCUGCAGAGCAAGGAGCACUUAGGAGCCACUGUGAGGGUUUUGUGGCUUCUCUGAGCGGUGUCCCAAGGCUGCAGGAGCGGGCAGAGCUCAGGGCGUGGCCGCAGCCCCGCGGUGGGCGCUGCCCCUCGUUCAGAGCCGUGGAGAGGAGCCGGGAGGAUGCUGCGGGCGAGCAGCGCUGCUGCCUGGCUGUGAGCAGACAAUCCAUCCUCUGGGUGGCACAGGAGAGACGGGAUUUGGGCAAGGGUGACACCGCGGCUGUCCUCGGCCACCCAGAAGGGACAAGGGGCAGGCAGGAGCUGCCGGAGCAGCGUGGGGUGAAAGGUGACAGCCCCUUGUUCCAGGGAGCCACGUGUCAGGGAUUGAAGGAAGGAAACCAGAUUGCUGCUUAUGAUUUUGCUUUGAGCAUGUUUUGGAUUUUAAGAGUAUGUUUAAUAAAGGGUAUCUUAUGUCGACAGAG